ACGUGAUUUACGGGAAAAGGAGUUCGAGGGCGCUGCGUGAGCACUUGACGGAGAGCACGAGCGCACAGCCUACAGGCAGCCGCGCGAGGAAACGCAAGCGAGAAUCAUGGCAGCAGGGAGAACGCGCUCCACGCGCAAACUGCGAUCCUGGAUGGUCGAACAGGUCAGCAGUGGGAAAUAUCCCGGGCUGGUCUGGGACGAUGAAGCCAAAACCAUGUUCCGUAUCCCGUGGAAACAUGCAGGAAAACAAGACUUCCGCAAAGAUGAGGAUGCUGCCAUCUUCAAGGCAUGGGCAGAGUUCAAAGGGAAGCUGACUGAUGGGGGGCGGGAUGAUCCCGCCUCCUGGAAAACCCGUCUGCGAUGCGCUCUCAACAAGAGCCUUGAGUUUGAAGAGGUGUCGGACCGAGCCCAGCUGGACAUCUCAGAGCCCUACAAGGUUUACCGGCUUGUUCCUUCCAAUGAGCAAGGUUUGAUGAUGCCUGAGAAAAAACACAGAGAGAAAACAACGAGGAGGCAGAAGCGGAAGAGCAGUGAAUCAGAAAGGGACAACAUCAGUCAGUCUAAACAGAUAAAUAAAGAGGACACCUCUGAGCUGUGUGUUGAAGACAUCUUGCUAGAGAGUGACUUGCCCAUCCAGACAGAAGAGCCUGAGCAGCCCGCUGACGCCCAGAGCGCUGUAGUAAAUGAGCUCAGGCUGGAUGUGCGGAUAAAGGAGAGCGUCACUCCUCCUCCAGAAGUCCAGGACUCCUUCAAUGUGACAGUUCAUUAUUUGGGGAAAGAGGUUUUCAAGCGUCAAAUCCUGGGCACUGAUGUCCGUAUAUCAUACUCACCUGCUUCUAUUGCUCCCCCAACACCGGCCGUAUUGACAAAUAGGUUCCCACGUAUCCCUCUGCCAGAGCCGCCGUCCACACUGCCUGCUGGGCAGAAUCUACAGGCUCUACAGACUUUGCUGCCCUUCAUGGAGAAAGGCAUGGGCUUGACCUCCACGCCACAGGGCAUUUACGGCACACGGUUCUGCCAGGGACGCAUUUUCUGGACCGGGCCGCAUACAACCUCACCUGGGCUGCGCAAGAUGGAGAGACAAAUGUCAGUGCUACUCUUCAGCAAGGAUAUCUUCAAACAACAGCUGGAACACUACAGGUCAAAUGGGGGCAAGCCUCCUCAGUGCGGCAUCACUCUGUGUUUUGGAGAAGAGCUGAGUGACAAUGACGACGUGUCCGAAAAACUCAUUAUUGUUCAGAUCACUUUACCGUGGGCUGAAGAGCAGGUCCAGAACGCACAGUCCUUUCUUCAGUCCAUUUCCUUCCUGCAGACUCUGGCCAGCCAGUCUCCGCUUGGAGAGAUAACUCUGAACCUGGUCACUAUACCGACACCUGAGAUCACCUGUGGCAGCGUCUGAGCCGUUUACAUCAUUUACAGUAAAUAACUUGAUCAGGCUGAAGGGCUGAGCUCUAAUGUAAAUAUUUCUCAUUUGUUCACUUUAUCAUGGAUGGUUUCUUAAUAUGCAAAACCAUACAAUCAGAACAAUAAUGUCAUAACUGUUUUUGUUGGUAACAUAUUGCUCACUCCCAAUGUGGCACAAAACAAAUGUCAAUAUUAAGAAGUGUUUAAUGUCUGUGUAACACUUUUCAUCAUGGAACUCAAACAGUGAAUCUGAGGCAUUUGAACUUGUUUCUCAUCGGUAUUUUUGGGAUUUGAACUUAUUUCUCAUCUGUGUCUUUAAGCAUUACAAUUGAACUUUAUACAGAUGACAUGACUUUAUUUCUGAAAGUCCACAACUUGGGUCCCAGAAGAUCUGAACUGCAUUUCUAAAUUCUUAUUACAUUAUGCAAUAAACUGGUCUUAAUCCUGUUCUGUCACAGUGGUGCACGGAGGAAACAUAAAAUUCCACCUUAACCGACCAGCAAACUAAACAUCUACAUUUAUCCAAGUUUUCACAGUACGUCUCUUGCAGUGUAGCUUAUCGAGAACUGAUUUGCAAGUCAAAAGAUGUCCAGGCUGAGCUGAAAUUUCAUUUUAAGUCUAUUUACACAAAGCUGUACAACCUUUGAAAUUUCACAAAGCUGACGUAAUUUAAUUUCUACUGAAAUCCAACUAUUAUAAAGUAGGGUUAUUUUUGUAACGUGCUGCAAAAUUACAGCUCAUUUUAAUGAAGAGGACAUAUUUACCUGAGUGGAAAUCCAUAGGGAAUAUUUGCAUUUAAUUCUUACGCCAUCUACAGGAGGAAGCAUGUGUGCGCAGGUGUUAAGUUUUGAGAUUGUUACCUGACCCAUUUACUUGUGUGUUGUCCCAGGGCGUCCAUGCUAAAACAUCUGUAACAUGUCUUCUAAAUUACUUCAGGGGUGUUAUCUGGUUACAAAAAUAGUGUUUUUAGAAGUGUUUAUUUCUUGCAAAAUUUUACAAAAUAUGAGAAACAUAUUGGAUUUAUACAGAAAAUAGCCAUUUCUGAGCAUUUUCUGCCAUUUUGGUUUAUUUUGUUCGACCAAGCACCCACCUGACGUCAUACUGCCGUUCUUUAUUCUGAUUGGCUGUUGCAGUGCCCUUCCCAGCGUCCUUGUGCAGAUCGGGAGCCUGCACGUGAUCUAUGACAUCACUACAAAAUGAAGGUCAUGGCGUGUGAUGGCUUGAUUUUCUACCCAUCGGGGUUGAAGUUUCAAACAGUAUCAAUUUUGAUCAUAUUGGCAAUGUCAUAUUAUGAAUUCCUUAUUUAAAUACUAAGGAAUAAUAGUGGUGCCAAAGAAAACUAUUGUUGUAACUUAUGUCUUAAAAAACAAAAGCCGAACAUUUUUACUCAGAUGUUUGCGAAACUAAUUUAGCCUGCCCUAGGAAAGAAACAUCACAUUUGGACCGACCCUCAAGUAUCAUUUUGUCAAGUAGCAUU